CUCGAGACGAAGAGCGAGCUUGCUCGCCGGCGUCUCCGCCAUGGACCUAUGGCAGCGAGCUCGGGAUUUCGCCGAGGAGGCGGCGAAGCGUUCGCAGGAGAUCUCCAAGGAGGCGGCGAAGCGGUCUCAGGAGUUCACAAGAGACGCUGUGCGGCUCUCCCAAGAGUUCGUCUCCGAGACGGCGAAGAAAUCGAAGGACCUUGCUGCUGAGGCCUCGAAGAAGGCCGAUGUGCUCAAGAUAGAGGCCCUCAAGCGUGCUGAACAGAUCAAGACCCUCGCCGGAGAGAUCCCCAUCCCGGUCGGUUCAUCGGUGGCGCCUGACCCGCAGGCGGAUAUCGAGGUUUUUGGGGUUACUGAUGAGCUGAGGGAGUACGUGAAAGGGUUCAAUCUCAGCUCCUUUCGUGAUUUCCAAAUUGAAGAUGAGCUUGAGAAACCUGAGUCUCCGACGGUGUUGAACGUGAGGCAAGAUCUUAAUGAAUGGCAAGCAAGACAUGCUGCUCUUAUUCUUUCUACUGCUAAGGAAAUUUCAAAGUUAAGAUAUGAGUUGUGCCCACGAUAUAUGAAAGAGAGAAAAUUCUGGCGUAUAUAUUUCAUACUUGUCAAAAGUUAUGUGGCUGUUUAUGAGAGACAGUACAUGGAAGAGUUAUUGGCAAAAACUUUGGAACAGACUUCAGAUGAGAGCCUGAAGGUAAACCCAACCACUGUGCCAGCUUCUAUGAGUGAUGUGAAACAGACCAAGUUGGAUAGCAAGGCAUCCUCCUCAAAAGCAGAGGAUGAUUUGGAUGUGUUUCUUUUGGGCGACCUUGGAAGUGAUGAUGAAGUUGACCCAGGCAUUUCUGUUGUUGAUGAUGAUGGGCUUGGUGAUGACUUUGAUAAGAUUGGAAACUCGGGCUUAGAAAGUGAUGAAGAUGAUGAGCAAAAGUCUGCACCGUCAAACAAAGCCAGUGCCUCAUAAUUCACUGUUUCUUGUUGAAACAAUGAUACAUUUACUUGAUACAAGCCACAAUCGUCCAGUGUAAAUUUCACUCAAAAUCAUUUCAUGUUUAAAAUAGUUCCAGCUAUUGUAAAGGUUUUUCCAGUUCAAAUAACCCUAAUUCCUGGCAAUUUUCUAGGCCUUGAAAUUUUACA